AUGGUCAAGAGCCACUACUGUCAGAACUUGAACCUUGAGGAGUUUGAGCUUAUACUCCGCAAGGUGUCUUCCACCACUUUCUAUGCCAGGUUGCAGCUGGAUUUCUGGCAAUUUUGGGCAGAUCCCUUGUCACAGCGCCUCGGAGAAGCCCACUUUGCGGAGUUUGUGCGCAAGAUGCACACAAGCUCCGCAGCUUUGGCUCAGGCAUGCCCACACAUGGCCCUAACGAUGCUCAGGGUCCUGCGUACAGCCUGCAAACGACGUGGUGCGUGCGCAGCCGAAAUCGGACUGGGAAUCACAGCUGCCCUCCAGAUCGCGGAAGGCCUGGGUGAGGAAAGGUCUCAGCUCCAAGACGAGGUGGCCUUGUUGACACCAGCCGUGCAGGAGACAAGCCUUAAAGGGAAGCUGGACCUAGUUGCCUGGUUGCCUGCACUUGAGCUUCUUGAGACUGCGGCGUUUCAAGAUGGAUUCCGCUUGGUUGAAGCCAUGCUUGGCCAUGCAGGCAUUCAGCAGCUGCUAGAGUUGCUUGAUGCUCGAACAUUUGCCACCUGGCCCUUCAAAGAGCUGAUUCUUGUGUUUGCACAGAACGCGACCUCGAGACACUACGAAAGUCAAGGAAAAAUGACUGCAACGAAAUUGCUCGACGACCUCGAGGAGCUUGCCACCGCCGAAAACACCGAUGUUUGCGUGAGCUUAAUGGCAGGCAUCGCGAGCCUCAACGUGGACAACUGGCGAAAGGCCAUUGACGACGAGGCUUGCCUGCGCUUGCCACGCUGGUCUCAUUUCAAGGCUGACUGCAUCAGUGGACUUCAUCAAAAGCUACGUAAGAGGCUGGAGGAAGUCUACACGCAGGUGGUCGCUUUAGAAUUGCUCAUGGGUAACUUGCAUGAGCUGGUUCAAGCUGAAAAGGCUUUCGCUCGAGCUCUUCAACUGUUUGGCUUUGACCUGUCAGGCUUGGCAACAGCUCAAGCACGGCUGCAAGAGCUUGGCAAAUCACGACGUAAACUGCAACUGUUCAACGUGAUUGCCGAAUGGCACCCGUCCUUGUUCAAACACCUCCAGCGGAUAAAUCAGUCGGUGAAGCAAGUCAUGGCUACGUGGGACAGUACACCUGCAAUGCACUUGGAGCACACUUGCCAAGAGUUGAUUCAGGACUUGCCGGAACCUCCGAUUAUCACAGCGUUGGAUGCUUCACCACGUGUUCGUGCUCUGGUCAUAGAUGUCUUCUAUGGGAAGACUUCAGGGACAACGCCACCGCUGCCGGAGUUCGUAGACAAAAUCCGUACAGAUUGGUCGAAGUUUCUUAAGUCACUGCAGUCUGGGGACAUCAGAGUCGCGGAAAUUGAUGCAAAAGCCCUCCUCAAGUCGGGUGACAACGAGCAAACUUUGUGUGGCUGGCUUGAAGAAGAAUUCCGUCUCCUGAGAGGUCUUGAGGCGGAGGUCACCUGCAAAGAGCAUGAUGCGCGCCGCAUCGCACAGGAUCUUGUCGCCCUGGACGAGUUUGACCGUUAUCGAAAGCUGAUUCAGGACGUCAACACCUUGCUGAAGGAGCUACAAAAGUUCGACCAACUCGUGGCUGAUGACUCUGACGAUCAACUCCGCCAGUUCGAGCGGAUGUACAACAAAGUGAAGGAGUUCGAUCUGGACGACUCAUGUCUUUUGAAGAUGAUCAAGGAGUACUCCAGCUCCACCGUCGCAGGGAUUCCCGUGCGCUCCCUUCAGGCGGAGGCUAUUCGAGGUAUGAUCCUGGAGAAGAAUGCGGCCUUGCAGUUCUUGUGGGACCAGAGCAUGUUUCAGGAGCUGGAAAUCAUGGUGCGAGAGAACAUGGCCGACUUCCAGACACCCCAACGGCAAGCAUUGCAGGAUCUGGCUUCCUUGAGGCCUUUCCUCGAGGACGUCCUCAUGACAGGUACCAAAGCUGGAACCAGCUUUGUCAUUCGGAAGUUGGCGCAGUGGAUCAGGAGAUCAGGCACUGGUGCUGAGAUGAAUCAUUCAUGGGGCGAAGGUCCAGAGAGCGAGGUCGGCCGCCUUCAUAAGGAUCUGUCUCAAGAUGUCCGUGGCAGAGAUGCUUCGCUGAUCCAGGAGAUGUGGGAGGGCAUAUGGGAGGUGGGUGAUGAAGCUCGCUUGCUGCUAGACUCGCAGAGGAUGUGCAUGCAUGAAGAGCUCUGCAGAGUGCGAGACCGGCUGGUGCUGGAUCAAGCACUCACUGAUCUCGAUGAUGUUCUUCGCGAGCGCAAGAUUCAAGCCGAGACACUGCACACCCUACUUCAGGUCACCGAUCAACUCAUUGCACAACGCAAGACCAUGAAGCAGAGGGGUCUUCGAAUUCCUGACCUGAACCGCUUCAAUCUCAGCCAAGCCAUGCAGGAAUCGUAUCCUCCAAUCGAAGAGAUGAAAACGACCCUGCGAGACUGGCAGGUCAGUUUGGAGUCUUGGGAUGAUGUGGACCUGAGCAUGCGCAAGUCCUUCCCCAUCCUGAACCACUUCACCCAAUCCAAUGUGCGUGAGCUGACUACCCCAAGACGACCAGAAAGAGACCUCCGAGCUUUACUUCGGAGUUGGGAUGCCGACGUGGACAGACUUCCGGAAGAGCAGUGGCAGCGAAUCCGAACUGGCCUCGCGCCGCCAGUGACAAUGCUUGGAUCUGCUGUCCGCUGGAUGCAUGCGAAGUUCCUGACGUACAAUCUUUCGCCGAUGCUGGAGAAGGAGGCAUUGUCGCUGCAGACUGUAGCGCAUGCAUUGCCUCAGCGCCGGUCAGUUGCAUGCAGAGUGCCCACCAUACCUGCAUACCUCAAGCAGGGUGCGCCGAACCUGAUACUGGCGAAAGAGCAUGAUGUGAUGCCAGCCGUCCUCUCCAUGUUCCAGGACAGUCAGGCGGGUAUGCCCGGAGCAAGCCAAGUUCUCCUUUGCCUGGGUCUGGACGUGCUCUUCCAGGAGGAGGCUUUGCGCCUUUUUCUUUUGCGCUGCAUGCUCUCAGAUAACGGCGCGCUUCACGUGCUGGUAUUACCAGAAUCAUUGCCUGCGUCCACUCAAGAAUACUUCGUGACUUGCUGGCAGCGCUUGGCACGAGAUCUUCAGACAUCGGCGGGCCGAGGAAAAUACUUGCUUGCAAUUGUAGGAUCCAUCAGCCGGAGCUGCCUCGUAUUUGAUGCUUUCCGUGCCCAUCAGAGAGAAUCCCCUCAGUUGCGAGUUGAGAGGCUGAGACAGCAGCUGGUAAGUCGAUGUAAGAUCGUCUGGUCGAAAGAUGCCUGUGCCGGAAAGUCGACAUUCAUCCAUCAAGACUGUGACAAUUCUGGUACUCGACGGACUGUGGUUGCCGUCAAUGAAGCCACCACAGACAUUGACAUUGUCUGCAGGCUGCGCGACUGUCGUCAUUGGCAGUCUGGUGCGAUCAUCUUGGCCUUGUCUCCAUUGGUGUCUUCAUUGAGACUGGACACGUUGCUAUUCCGCAUCCUGGUCCUCCGCCAGCUAUUGUAUGCUGAUGGCGAGCCAUUCUGGCUCGAUCAUGAGAGAAUCUACGUCGAGAUUCCCAACAUGCUAGAGCAUGCCACCUCAUCAGAUCCAGCUCUGGGCAGCUUCGCGAAGUUGGUGACCGUGCACGAGGUUCGCAUGUCCAAUCUUCUAAAUCUUGGAAACCCCACUUUGGACAAGGCCACCCGGUAUCUCUGGGCGCUGUGCCAAGGAGCUCUCUCGCCGAGUUUUCAGGUCUCGCAAGCGCCACGGCCAAGCCCGGAGCAAUGUGGCGUAUUGUUGCGGGCAUCUCGACCAUCCGUGGCAUGCUGUGUGUUUGUGGCUGUACGAAACCCAAUCGGCAGGCUGUUUCGGAGCUUAUAG